AUGUCCUCCCGCAGCCCCCGGCCCCCGCCCCGCCGCUGCCGCCGCCGCCUGCCGCGCCCCUCCUGCUGCUGCUGCUGCUGCCGCCGCUCGCACCUCAACGAGGACACGGGUCGCUUCGUGCUGCUGGCGGCGCUCAUCGGCCUCUACCUGGUGGCGGGCGCCACAGUCUUCUCUGCGCUCGAGAGUCCGGGCGAGGCGGAGGCGCGGGCGCGCUGGGGCGCCACGCUGCGCAACUUCAGCGCAGCGCACGGCGUGGCCGAGCCGGAGCUGCGCGCCUUCCUCCGGCACUACGAGGCCGCGCUGGCAGCCGGCGUCCGAGCCGACGCGCUGCGCCCGCGCUGGGACUUCCCCGGCGCCUUCUACUUCGUGGGCACCGUGGUAUCGACCAUAGGUUUCGGCAUGACCACCCCCGCGACGGUGGGCGGGAAGGCCUUCCUCAUCGCCUACGGGCUGUUCGGCUGCGCCGGGACCAUCCUGUUCUUCAACCUCUUCCUGGAGCGCAUCAUCUCGCUGCUGGCCUUCAUCAUGCGCGCCUGCCGGGAGCGCCAGUUGCGCCGCAGCGGCCUGCUGCCCGCCACCUUCCGCCGCGGCUCGGCGCUCUCGGAGGCCGACUGCCUGGCGGGCUGGAAGCCCUCGGUGUACCACGUGCUGCUGAUCCUGGGCCUGUUCGCCGUGCUGCUGUCGUGCUGCGCCUCGGCCAUGUACACCAGCGUGGAGGGCUGGGACUACGUGGACUCGCUCUACUUCUGCUUCGUCACCUUCAGCACCAUCGGCUUCGGGGACCUGGUGAGCAGCCAGCACGCCGCCUACCGGAACCAGGGGCUCUACCGCCUGGGCAACUUCCUCUUCAUCCUGCUCGGCGUGUGCUGCAUCUACUCGCUCUUCAACGUCAUCUCCAUCCUCAUCAAGCAGGUGCUCAACUGGAUGCUGCGCAAGCUGAGCUGCCGCUGCUGCGCGCGCUGCUGCCCGGCGCCCGGCGCGCCCCUCUCCCGGCGCAACGCCAUCACGCCGGGCUCCCGGCUGCGCCGCCGCCUGGCCGCGCUCGGCGCCGACCCCGCGGCCCGCGACAGCGACGCCGAGGGCCGCCGCCUGUCGGGCGAGCUCAUCUCCAUGCGCGACCUCACGGCCUCUAACAAGGUGUCGCUGGCGCUGCUGCAGAAGCAGCUGUCCGAGACGGCCAACGGCUACCCGCGCAGCGUGUGCGUCAACACGCGCCAGAACGGCUUCUCGGGCGGCGUGGGCGCGCUGGGCAUCAUGAACAACCGGCUGGCGGAGACCAGCGCCUCCAGGUAG